UCUUUCUCUCUCUCCCACACAACAGUGAGAGGGAGAUGCAAGGAAGGAGGGCCACAACUCUGAGCUGUCUGCAGAAGAAGUAAUGUAGCUACAUUAAGGAUCUAUACAACCCCUAGCAACCUAUUUUUUUUUCUGCUCAUCAUCAGUAGUUUCUUCACUCAAACAUAUCUAUAUAUUUUCAAUAAAUGACUAAAUUCUUCCCCUAUAAUUGGUGGACAUGAAACUUUCCUUAUAAAUAUAAAUAUAAGGAUUUAGAGGUAGCGGUGGUCACAGUGGAGGGUGCAAUGGCAGCCCAGAUGACUCUAAUGCUACUGAGCUUUUUGAGUUUUCUAGUAUCAAUUUAUGGUACAAUGGCUCUGAAAAAUGAGCAACAAGAAAUGGAUCGCAUCUUAGAACUUCCGGGGCAGCCACCAGUUUCGUUUUCUCAGUUUUCAGGUUAUGUUCCAGUGAAUGAAGACCAUGGGAGGGCUCUUUUCUAUUGGUUGACAGAAGCUACUUCCAGUCCUGAGAAGAAGCCCCUCGUUCUCUGGCUCAAUGGAGGACCGGGAUGUUCAUCUGUGGCUUAUGGGGCAUCAGAGGAAAUAGGGCCAUUUCGAAUUAGCAAAACUGCUUCAUCUCUCUACCUGAACAAACAUUCGUGGAAUAGAGAGGCAAAUAUUCUCUUCUUGGAAUCACCUGCUGGUGUUGGUUUCUCAUAUACCAACACAAGUUCUGAUCUCAAGGACUCGGGAGAUAAAAGGACAGCUCAGGAUGCUCUAAUUUUCCUUCUACGAUGGAUGUCAAGAUUUCCUCAGUACAAAGAUAGAGACUUUUACCUCUCUGGCGAGAGUUAUGCAGGCCAUUAUGUACCCCAGUUGGCUUUGAAAAUAGCUGAAUACAACAAAGGAGCUUCCCAUCCAAUCAUCAAUCUUAAAGGAAUCAUGGUUGGAAAUGCUGUGACCGAUAACUACUAUGACAACCUUGGAACAGUUUCAUAUUGGUGGAGCCAUUCCAUCAUAUCUGACAGAACUUACAAAUCCAUCCUCAAAUCAUGUAACUUCUCAUCAGAAAAGUCUUCUCAGAAGUGUGAUGAUGCAGUAAAUUAUGCCAUGAAUCAUGAAUUCGGCAACAUUGAUCAGUACAGUAUUUAUGCGCCUGCUUGUAAGGCCUCGACCGCGAAUAAUACCGUGAAAUUACUCAGGCUCAAGAACAGCCUUAUACAUAGAAAAAUUUCGGGAUACGAUCCGUGUACUGAGAACUAUGCAGAGAAAUACUACAAUCGACCAGAUGUUCAGAAAGCCAUGCAUGCAAAUUCUACAGCAAUUCCAUACAAAUGGACUGCUUGCAGUGAUGUACUAAUAAGGAACUGGAAGGACACUGAAUUUUCAAUCCUGCCCACCUACAAGAAGUUGAUAGCUGCUGGCCUAAGAAUUUGGGUGUUCAGUGGUGACACGGACUCAGUGGUGCCUGUCACAGCCACAAGAUUCUCCUUGAACCAUCUGAAUCUCAAAAUCAAAACUAAAUGGUAUCCUUGGUACCUGGGUGGUCAGGUAGGAGGCUGGACAGAGGUAUAUAGAGGACUAACCUUUGCCACAAUUAGAGGAGCUGGCCACGAAAUCCCUUUGCUUCAGCCCCAGAGAGCAUUAGUUCUUUUCCAAUCAUUCUUGGCAGGCAAAGCUUUGCCAAGAUCUUGAACCUUUUGCUCAUAUACACCGCAAAGGCUCGAAUAUAUAGUUAUAAAUAGCUCGGAGAAGUUCAGAUGCUCAAGCAAUUUGGUCCUGAUAAAUUAUAUGUCCACAUGGAAGGUUGUGGGAGAAUCAACUAAAAUAGGAAUCAUUCGUUUCACUAUGUACCAAAUUAAAUGGCUAUAUUUGUUUAUCAUAGUUGAGAAAUUUGAUUCUGU